AUGAAAGAAUUUCAUUCUUUAAAUAAUUUGUUAAAUUAUGAUCUUGUAAAUAAUCGAAUUAUCCCUGAACCAAUAGAAACAUCAGAUGUUCCUCAAAUCAGAAUACCCUUAGACCAGAAUCUUUCUAAUUCAGAACCCACCAUUCAAAGUGUGUAUUCUGAUUCUAUACAUAUAAACAGAAAUGUAAAUGAUCGAAAACCUACAGAUUUUGGUAAUGAAUCAGCUUGUUGGGCCAUAGAAGAAAAUAUUUCAUUAAAAUCUACUCAUUCUCUAUUAAAACUACUCAGAAAACAUGAUUGUUUUAGAAACAUUCUUCCAAUAGAUCUAAGAACCCUAUUACAAACACCAAGGUACACUGAAUUAAAAGAGAACGAGUCUGGUUCUUAUUGGCACAGAGGCUUAUAUAAAGGCAUUAGAGAGAUUCUUCUGGCCAAUAACCAUUUAUUUUCAACUACUGAUAGAUUAGAUAUUAUGAUUAAUAUUGAUGGGUUACCAAUUAGCAAUUCUUCUGGAAAUCAAUUAUGGCCAAUAUUGGGUUGUCUAUUUGGGACAAAAUAUGUUUUUAUGAUUGGUAUUUAUCACUCAUUGAUAAAUAAACCGUUGGAUGUACAUUUUUUUUUAGACAGUUUUGUAAAAGAAACUUGCGAGUUAUAUGAAAGUGGAUUUUAUUUGAAUGGCAAAAUGUUUAAGUUGACAAUUAAAGGGCUUUCUGCUGAUGCCCCUGCAAAAGCAUUAGCAUUAAAUAUUAAAUAUCAUACAGGAUACCAUAGUUGCACAAAGUGUUUUGCUGAAGGAGAGUUUAUUGAAAAAAGAUUAUGUUUCCCUGACGAUAUCUAUUUGCCAAAAAAGAACCGAUCAGCAAUUUGCUGA